AUGCCUGCACGUCGUCAACAAGAUCUACCCGUCGAGAGCUCUUGGCGCUUGGUAGAAGGCGGCGAGAACGACAGCUUCGAUACUUCCAUCCUCAACGACCUGGAAGACGACGAUGGAUUUCUGACAGAGCCAUCGCAGAUCCCGUCGCAAUCAUUCAGUAUCGGCGGUUCUCAAGAGUCGCACCACAGCGUCCAAGAUUUCAUGAACAAGGCGGAUGAUGAGCGAGUAAUCCUCCGUUCGCCAUUCCAACCCACCGUUCGGCGAGACCCCAACCGCUCUCCUGAGCCGGAGUUCAUCAUGCCAUCCAUGCGCUUCAGUUCCGAGUCAGGCAUUGGAAACAGUCCCCAGCACGGCAGCGGCCACUCUUCGCGGACUAUUCGUCCCGGUGAUGGCUCGUAUCAGCAGCAGGACGUGCGGCGCCGUGCGAUACGGCAAGCCAGUACUGGCAGCCCUACCGCUCCCCGGCGUGGUGAUCCCACGAGAGGGAGAGGUUACUACGAGGGACCGGCCGAGCACAAGACCGUGACGGAGCGUCUGGCAGAUUCUCUUCCAAGUGCCGCCUUCAACAUCUUGGCGUGGAUUUUCAAAGUUAUUGGUAUGGCCCUUGGUUAUAUCCAAAAGCCGUUGGCACUAUGCCUGGCAGUCUGGCUCUUCUUUGGCGCCUCCAUCAUGCUUCAGAACAUGGUCACCAAAUCACUCACAACGUCUCUCUCGCCGCUUUGUCGUAUCCCUGGAGCGGCAUACUUAGACCUUCCCUUUUGCCCCUCAUACAGCGCUUCGCCGGGCAGAGGCAAGGAGUCAGGGUCUGAGUCUGCCAACGUUGAGUUUGACGACCUCAUGAAUGUCCAGUCACAAUUCGAGCAAGUCCUCGAGCGCAGUGCCGAUGGUGUAUCGUUGCCGAUGGAGAUGAAGCGUUCCGAGUCUUCGAUACGAGAUCUGCGUACCAUGGUUCGCUAUUCAGAAUUGCCGCAGCGGGACGAGCUGGUGUAUGAGUUCAACGAGUAUAUCGAUACCGCCCGCUUGACGGCCUCCGACUUGCAAAAAUUUAACGUCCAUGUAGGAUCUGCCGUGGAUUCCGUCAUCUCAAUCAACCGCUGGACGUCUCGCUAUCUUGAUACACUCUCUGCAUCAGAGACAACCGACGUGAACCUGGUUUCUCAGUGGUCCAGCUGGCUUUUCUACCCCUUUACUCCCACAGUUACACCCUUCUCCGAACGGACACUACUCGACAAGUAUAUCGAGCACACCGCUCUCGUAUCUGACCGCAUCUCGUCUCUCAUAGUGGAGGCGCAAGGAGUUUUGCUCCUCCUCACAAAGGCGGAGGAGAAUCUGAACCAAAUCUACGAAAUUGUCACUCGUUCGUCGAAUUCGGUCAAAUCGCGUCGCGACGAGGUUCUCUGGACGCUGUGGACUCUUGUCGGUGCGAAUAAUAAACGCCUGCACAACCUCAACGCCCAGCUGUCCCUCUUGCGCCAGGUGGACAGGCAGCGCGUCACAGCCGUCGCGCAGAUUUCUGCUCUCAUCGUGGAUCUUGAAAAGAUCCAGGCCGGUCUGGGCGAUCUACGCGACCGCGUCGCCGCUCCCGAGCUCGUUCGUGAUUCGGCUAUAGCAAUUCCGUUGAUGGUCCACAUCGAAACUAUCGACCGUGGAGUUGAGCGGCUCGAAGAGGCUCGCCAGCGGAUCCGCGCGGCUGAAAACGAUCGUAUUCGUGAAGCGCUGGCUAGAGGCGGCACGAAAGAGGAUGACAAGCUCAUCGAGGGGCGGUCGUCAUGA